CACGCAUUCCACGUAGAAAAGUGACGUUUGACGUACUGUUUGUUCUUCUCCGUACGCCCGCAGCCUAGAAGCUGAAAACGUCCUGUCAGUCAGAGACAUUUAAAUGGACACCGUUACGAUCGUGUUCCUACAUUCAGGAAGACCAACACCACCUGGUUCUGCUACCAGUGCUCUUCUCAGUUCUCUAAAACCACGAGUUGUUCGUGUUUAUCAGAAAGACCCAAAAUGACGGAUGAGGACGAGCUUUUGCAGAAAGCCCGAACCGGAUUUGAAGACCUGUGUCGGGCUCUGAACAUGGACGAAGAGGCGAGCAGCGAGGCGUGGAGGAGCUAUGACGGCAUGAGCAGGAACUUCACUCUGGAGGGCAGCGAGCUGCACUGGUUGGCCUGUGCUCUCUACGUGGCCUGCCGGUCCUCUGUGCCGACGGUGGGAAAAGGCACAGCUGAGGGAAACUAUGUGUCUCUGACCAGAAUCCUGCGCUGCUCUGAAAUGAGCCUGAUUGAGUUUUUUAGUAAGAUGAAGAAGUGGCAGAACAUGGCCAACCUGCCCCAGGACUUCUGUCAGAGCACAGAGAAGCUGGAGAGGAACUUCACCGUGUCGGCUGUUAUCUUUAAGAAGUAUGUUCCCAUCUUUAAAGCCAUCUUCAAAGCCCCGUCAGAGGAACUGUCGCGUGUUCACCGCAGCCGCAAACAGAGGCGCCAUCCCUGCACUGUGAGCGAGGUCUUCAAUUUCUGCUGGGUCCUAUUUGUCCAUGCCAAAGGGAACUUCCCCAUGAUCAGCGAUGACCUGGUGAACUCCUAUCAUCUGCUGCUGUGUGCUCUGGACCUGGUCUUCACAAACGCGCUGCUGUGCAAUGCCAGGAAGGACCUGCUCAACCCAGCCUUCACAGGGUUACCAGAGGACUUCAGCAGUAAAGACUUCAGACCGUCCUCAGGGCCAUACUGCUUCAUAGAGCAGCUGUGUGAGCUGCAUGAUGGUCUGGUGCUGGAGGCCAAAGGAGUCAAGGAACAUUUCUGGAAACCCUUUGUCAAGAAACUCUUCCACAAGAGGAUCCUCAGAGGGAAAGAGGACAGUUUGAUCGGAUUCCUGGACCCCAUGAACUUCGGAGACAGUUUUUUGUCCCUCAGUCGGCUCUAUGAGGAACAUGUUUUGGCCACCGGUAGUCUAGAUGAAAGGAUUUUCACAGGGGAGGGGGCGAAUGAAGAAAUUGGCACUCCUGGACCUUGCCUGUGGGAUGGAGCAGAGACCCAGGGCAGUGCCACCUUCAGGCUUGACAGCAGCCUGGCUGUAAGGCACUUCACCUACUUCAGAAUGGAAACAGCCUUGUUGUGUGUCUGUGUGGUAAAAUCAGCCUGCUGCUCGUCUCCUGCUCAGGCCUCGGCUCUGAAGGUUUCCACUCCUCUGACAGGGAGGAGGUACAUGUCGGAGAACAGCCUGAUGUCUCCGGUCUCGUCUGCCAUAAAGAGCAUUGGACGUCUUCACACUCUACUGUCAGGAACCAAACAUGGAACCAGCACCAAGCUGGCACAAACUCUCAGGAACUGUUCCAGAGACCCGAGUGAAGGGAUCAGUCAGCGGCUGAAGGACAUGUUGGACCAGUUCUCUGAGCGUCAUGAGGACAGUGGGAUGGGGAAAGACAUGGCGGUGAAGUAUUUCCAUCUGGCGGAGGCGCUCUACUACAGGAUCCUGGAGUCCAUCAUAGAGAGAGAAAAGAUGAUCCUGGGAGACGCCGACCUGUCUUGUAUUCUGGAGCAGGACGUCUUCCACCGCUCUCUGCUCGCAUGCUGUCUGGAGAUCAUACUCUUCUCCUACAGGCCUCCAGGAGACUUUCCACACAUCAUCAGCGUUUUCCAGCUUCCUGCCUAUCACUUUUACAAGGUGAUUGAGGUGUUGGUGCGGUCAGAGCAAGGUCUGUUCCGUGAGGUGGUGAAACACCUGAACCAGGUGGAGGAGCAGGUUCUGGAGAGUCUGGUCUGGACCAGCGACUCGCCUUUGUGGGAGAGUCUCCGUGUGGCCAAAGACCACGUCCCCACCUGCCAGGAGGUAAUGCCACCUCAGUAUCUGGAACCAAACGAUGAGAGGGGCCCAGGCAGCGUCCCCCUGACCCCCGUCGGCCCCGGAGCAGACCUUCACGCCAGCAGCUCCUUCAAAGGCAUGUCUCCCUCCCCCACCACUUUGCUGGACCGCUACAGCUCCCCGCCCACCGGCCUGGCCUGCCGCCGCCUGUUUGUUGACCCAGUGGACGGCGAUGCUGCAGUCAACUCCACCAGCUCCACCCGGUCUACCUGUGCCACACCCAUCGUGAGCAAGGUGGGCCAGGCCAGCCUGGUCGCCGCCAUCCCGGCAGGACAGACUGUGGUCACCAUGGCGACUGCCACAGUCACUGCAAACAACGGGCAGAGGGUCACUAUACCUGUGCAGGGUAUAGCCAAUGAGAGCGGAGGAAUCACCUUCAUCCCCGUCCAGGUGAGCGUCACCGGCCAAGGAGGGGCUGCACUGCAGCCGCUGACCAGCACCAUCGCCAUCCAGUCACCUGCUGCCAAAGCAGCCGGAGGUUCGCUGAGGAAAGGCUCCCUGUCCCUGUUCUUCAGAAAGGUGUACCACCUGGCCAGCGUGCGUCUCAGAGACUUGUGUGCCAAACUGGACAUUUCCUCUGAGCUGAGGAGGAAGGUCUGGACUUGUUUUGAAUACUCGCUGGUCCACUGUACAGAUCUGAUGAUGGACCGGCACCUGGACCAGCUCCUCAUGUGUGCCGUCUACGUCAUGGCCAAGGUGACCAAUGACGACCGUUCGUUCCAGAACAUUAUGAAGUGCUACCGCUCUCAGCCUCAGGCCAGCAGCCACGUUUACAGGAGUGUGUUGCUCUUAGAGCGGAGGAGACGACUCCCCGGCAGCAACGAGCAUCACUCAUCUGCAGAGCAGGAUCCAGGUUCAAUUGUUGUGUCUGGAUCUAUUCCUGGGACAUUGGCGUCUCUCUGCAGCUCUGAUGCGUUUCUCCUCCCAGCAGGUGAGGACAUGAGUCCGGUUCCCAUUCGCUCCAGCAGCACCCUGCCGGGUCCCCAGCCAAGCAGUGCCCCCUCCACACCCAACAAGAACUCCACACCAUCCUGCCCCACCGUGGGUGACGGUGAGGAGCGAGGAGACCUGAUUCACUUCUACAACAACGUUUACAUUAAACAGAUGAGACACUUCGCUCUGAGAUACUCCCCCAGUCCUCCAUCUGCAGGGGUGGAGACCCCCCCACUGUGCCCGUACCCCACCCUGAGGACUGGGUCUCCUCGUCGGAUGCUUCUGUCCAGCAAACACUCCAUUUAUAUCUCACCUCACAAGAGCAGCUCGGCCCCCGCUUCCUUCAGCCCCAGAGACAAGAUAUUUUACUACAUCUGCAGCAGCCCCCCCAACCGUCUGCGAGAGAUCAACAGUAUGAUCCGGACAGGAGAGACUCCUACCAGGAAGCGCAGCAUGGCCCUGGAGGAGGAGUCGUUCCCUAAGAGGGUCUGUCCUGACAACCACUCGGCUCUGCUGCGCCGCCUGCAGGACGUGGCCAAUGACCGCAGCUCAUCUCACACCGCGUGACCUUCACCGUCCCGUCUCGCAGAGCAGUUCAGCGUUUUAUGAUGUUUAUAGCAGGAAACAGGUUUUGUCUCUGCUAAUUUGGACUAAAACAACAUUUACCUUUAAAAUGUAAGGUUCUUUAAGUUCUAUAAAAUGUCUUAAACUCUGAGUGGAUCCUGAUGCUCGUCAGUGUUCUUGCUUUGAAACAGAGAUUUUGGGCUGUUCUGUGUGGGUCAGCGCUGCCUGAGGAAGUUCAUCUGGAAAUCAGAGUCAGUCUUUCAAACAGCUGUGAGCACUGACUAGGUGGGAUUUGAUACACAGGCAUCCACACAGUCCCAUUAUAAAAGGUGUUGAAUGUGGAGUUUCCUCAGGACGAGGAGCAACGACAGUGGAUUCAGGAUUUUACUUUUUCUAUCACAGGCUUGUUAGUGGAGCUGAAAGUCGGCUGUUCUCGUCCUGCAUUAGUUUGUUCCUCUGGAUUUAUUUUGUUCUUAAUUCUUCAUAAUUUACUACUAUUUACUGCUUCUGAUUCUAUACAAUCAUUAACAAGUCUGAUAGUAUCCUUGUUUUGUUAUUGGGUGUUUCAUUUCUAAAACAACUUAUUUAUGAAAUCUGAUCCCAGAUGUUUGUAAUGUAUCCACUGCAGUAAAGUUUAAAACAUUUCAAAUCACGUGACUGUCGAUACAAGACAAGAGCCUGUUUUACACCUGUUGUUUAAGUGCCUUCAUUUAUACUCCUGCGUCCAUUAAGGGUCACUUUGAUUAUUUGUUGUUGAAUUUAACCUUAUUCUAUAAUAACACUGUAGUUAGACCAUCAGCCGAAACGCUGGUGUUUCCAGUAAACCAUUUCACGUGUU